CUGAACAUCAGUUUGGAAAAAUUGAACCACCCUUCGGGUGUUGAGUUGAGCAGAUGUAAUUAGCUGAAGACUUCAUUGAUUUUUCUAAUGGUCGUCGCCAUUUCCGCUCUAAGUGAUGCCCUCUACAUAAAUCCAUUCAACGGGCACCAGGGAGGAGUUCCUCAUUCGCCGGCAUUCGUCUUCGAUCCUCACUUGGGACCAACUGUAGUUCAAUCCAACGAUCAUCACCAACAUAGCUGGGCCAAUCACUGGAAUCAUCAUCAUGGACAGUUUCUAGCUCACAACCACCAAUGGAAUGUCCACCCAGUUCCAGCAUCCCCAAAUGUACUCUAUCAACAGCUGCAUCAUCAUCAAUACCAUCCAUCGGAGCUUCCGAAUCUAGGCCAUCCAGCCCAACAUCAUCAUACUCAUCAUCAGCAACAGCAUUCGAUGCCAGCGGCCACCUACGUUGCGGCCAAUCCGGGAGCCAUCCACAAGGCUCCACUUCCGGGGCACAGUGUAAACCAACAUUCGCUGAACCUGGCGCCAGCCCAAGGUACCUGGUAGUUGUUCCAAUGAAGCGUAAAUCUUUGCGAUUAUGUUAAAAACACUCUAAUUAAGAUUGAAAAGAAUA